UGACGCAGGGUCGUGAGCAUUUUGAACGUUUAUGUUUUUUUCUCUCUACCCCAUUGCUGGAAGCAGUGGCUGCUGUGUGUGUGUGUGUGUGUGUGUGUAAAGCUGCCCCUCUGUGCGUGAGCACAGACAAUGUACUGCUUUGAACUUCGCGACAAUGCUGACCUGAAAAAAUGCGUCCCUCUGCUGAUUUCCUGCCUGGACCCGAGUGACCUUUCAAAUCGUGGUUGUUUUCCUGGGAUUGGGGGAGACUCAGGGAUGGGGAGUUUCUUCCAUGGUUUAAGCUGGGGUCUGUAUGGAAGUACUAAGAGCCAGGGCCGAGGAAGACACGUGUACUUUCCGUCAAUCAGCGAUGCUUUUCCACGGAAUCUCUGGGGGCGAGAUCCAGGGAAUCAUGGAGGAAAUGGAAAGGAGAUCCAAGACGGAUUCCCGGCUCGCCAAAGGAGUGCAGAUGAACGGAAGGGAAACGAACAUGCCUUCUAUUAACUCGGAGAAACCCGCCUUGUGUGCAGGCUGCGGCGGUAAAAUCGCAGAUAGAUACUACCUGCUUGCUGUCGACAAGCAGUGGCACCUCAGGUGCCUCAAGUGUUGUGAAUGUAAACUCGCCCUGGAGUCCGAGUUAACUUGUUUCGCCAAGGAUGGCAGCAUUUACUGCAAAGAGGACUACUACAGGAGGUUUUCUGUCCAACGCUGUUCUCGUUGCCACCUCGGGAUAUCCGCCUCUGAAAUGGUCAUGCGAGCCAGGGACUCAGUUUAUCACUUGAGCUGUUUCACGUGUACGACUUGCAACAAAACAUUAACCACAGGCGACCACUUCGGCAUGAAAGAUAAUUCGGUUUACUGCAGAGUACAUUUCGAGUCCCUGAUGCAAGUAGACUAUCAUACGCAACUGAACUACACCGAGCUGGCUUCAAAGAGCGGGGGUCUCGGCUUGCCCUACUUCAAUGGGACAGGCACGGUUCAGAAGGGACGCCCCAGGAAGAGAAAAAGCCCUGCACUCGGAGUCGAUAUCUCAACUUACAACCCAGGCUGCAAUGAAAACGACGCGGACCACUUGGACAGGGAACAACAGCCCUACCCUCCAACCCAGAAAACCAAGCGUAUGCGCACAUCCUUCAAACACCACCAGCUUCGCACCAUGAAGUCCUACUUCGCCAUAAACCAUAACCCAGAUGCGAAAGAUUUAAAACAGCUUGCCCAGAAAACUGGGCUCACCAAAAGAGUUUUGCAGGUUUGGUUUCAAAACGCAAGAGCCAAAUUCAGAAGGAACCUUUUGCGACAGGAGAAUGGGGGUGUUGAUAAACCUGAUGGCACAGCACUUCCCGUCCCGCCCCCAGCCGACAGGUCCGGCGCCGCUCUAAGUCCAAGCAGCACUUCGACCACUUUAACAGACUUGACCAAUCCCACUCUGUCAGUAGUGACGCCUGUGACCUCUAACCUGGACGUGCACGAAUCCGGGAGUCCGUCACAAACUACCUUAACGAACCUUUUCUAACAUUUUUUAGCAGAUUUCCUUCAAAACAAAACAAAAAAAAUCCCUGGAAAGUAUUAACAAAAGACAAAAAUAAAACAGAUCCUGUUGUGUGUAGGAUGAUUUUGUUAAAUAACUGAUAUGAAUAUAUAUUUUUUGUUUAUUGACGAAUUCUAGUUUACAGCAGUAGAAAAAAAGAGCAGUUUACAAAAUAAAUGUCAAUGGACUGUGCAGUGGUGACUGCGCAUGCUCGAAUAUAAUUCCAAUUUCCAAUGAUAUUUUCCUUAAAAGCUUCCAGAUUAAAAGUUUAAAGCUCAGUUUAAUCUUACACUACUUCGGUUCUCCUCGACACUGGUCAUGUAAACAUUUUUUUCUUCACUUCUGCUAAACGUGUCCACCAUAUUCUUACUGUCUCUACAACUGCAGGGACAGGAAAGUCAACGUUUCGGGCCGUUCAGGGUCCUGUCGAAGGGUUUCAGCCCGAAACUUUGACUUCCCUGCUCCUCGGAUGCUGUCUGACCGGCUGUGCUUUUCCAGCUCCACACUUAUUGAAUCCAGCUUCCAGCAUCUGCAGUCCUUUACUGUCUACAACUGCAGGGUUGUCUUAGGGAGAGUGAGAGACUCAAAAAAAACAAAUUAAGUUUCGCCAGUGAGCUCAUUUCAUGCGCACUCACCAGUGAACAUCUCUUCAGGCUCCUCGCUAUUGUCAUAUGUACUGGUACCAACAAUACUAAAUAAAACUCGCCAAUAGUUUUACACUACCGUUCUUUGGCAGAACGAACCAUGGUGUACUGGAACUACUUUUCUCCAAUGAGAUCUAUCACAGCUUUUAUCAUGUGCCUUAUGAUAUUUCUGAAGAAAGUCUGUGACGUGGUGUAGAUUCGUGUUCCCUUGUUUGGAAAAAAAAUGCCCUUCUGACACCUCACAAGUUUUGUAUUGUUACCUCCUUUUCUGAUAACUUUUUAAUGGGAAAGCUGUUUUUUUUUCUUUAAAAAACACAAAACGACGUUUGGACUUGUCCUCGAAAGCAACCACGAACACGGUCUCUCACUAGAGUAGUUGGUAUUCCCAAUGUUACGAGGUCCUUCUGUUUGAUCUUUGUGUUUAUGAUAGUACAGUAAGUGGUUUGAUGAGAUUGUUGAUGUUACUUUGUUUUUUUAAAAAAAUGAAACCAUUGUACAGGCGCGUUCUCCCCUUUUAAUAUUUAUGGACCAAACGUUUUGUGAUAUCUUAUUAAAAUUGUGUGAUUAAAGCAGUUUGUUUGAUCGUUUUCAGUUUAGCCUUCUUUCAUUCGGCGCUUAUACUGCGAUAUCAAAUAAGCUCCUGGUGGUGUGUCUAUGUGCAUUAUCAAUUGACGAAAGACCAAUGGGUGUAAAACUCGUUUGAAACCAGAAAAAUGCGGUAAUAAUACAAACAAAUAGGUAGACGUAGCGACAUAACACUUUUUUUAGAAUAAACUGAAUAAAUCAGUAUCUAAACAUUUUGUCAGUUCAAGCAAAAAGCACUAAUGUUAUGAAAAGUGCCUGAUACUAAAAAAAAACACACAACACAUAAAAGCGAGAACGGGCGACUUCAGGAGUUAUAGAUUGUAUGUUUAUACCAGCAUUGCUUUUCAACGACCUCUAUUUUUUCAAUUGUCUGUUUGCAAGUCUAGAAUGCCCACUUAAAAUAAAUGAAUGCUAUUUCAGGGACGACAAACACAGGAAAACAAUUGUGUUUUAAAAAUGGCACACGAAAUACGAGUGUAUAUAAUCAGGAAGAACGUGUUCCACUAGGGUCAGGCUGAGCACAAGAAGUACCUAAAAGGCUCAGAGUUUAAAUACUCGCUCCAGUAGGAUAGGGACGCCACAAGUUUUUAUAUUUAAUAAUAAAAAAGGGGGAAUUUAAACCGCCAGAAACUCUAUAAAUUCAGGGAAGACUAAAGCCAAACAGUCGACAUCCAAACAAUGUAAAUUUACCUUUCAAAAUAGUUUUUCACGAAACGUUAGAAAUAUUUUCCUUGUUAAAAAAACAACAAAAAGACCCCGGAAGGCCAGAUUGCUCUGUAGUUUAAUGAACUGUUAC